AUGGGCUCCGAAAAAACAAGCUCAAGGCCCGUGGCCGACCAUGGCUCAAUCAAUGCCGACAUGGACCACGAUCCCGCCAUGGAGAAACGUGAUGGCGGCGAAAUCACCCAGAUUCAGGGUGAUGCUCAUUUCUACGAGACCGUUAGCGCUGCGCCGUUGAACCCUUGGUCCAAGACUAGUUUGCAACUCUAUAUGAUUUUGCUGGUUGCCGCGUUGAACGCAACCGCGUCUGGCUUCGAUGGCUCCAUCUUCAGCUCUAUCAAUGCCAUGGAUCAAUACAAGGCGUACUUUCACCAUACUGAACUUGGAUCCAGCACCGGCAUCAUCUUUAUGAUUUAUACCAUCGGAAACAUGAUUGGAUCUCUCUUCACCGGCCCCAUCUGUGACCAUUUUGGACGCCGAGCAGGCAUGAUGACUGGAUCCGUUCUCAUCAUGAUCGGUGCCGCUGUUCAGACUGCUGCUCAGAAUGAUUCCUAUCUCCUUGGUGGCCGAUUUAUUCUUGGAUUUGGUGUUUCCAUCGGCACCUCGUCUGCUCCUACUUAUGCCCUUGAACUGGCUCCUCCUCAAUGGCGAGCUCGUGUCGUCGGUUACUACAACACCUUUUUCUACACCGGUUCCAUCCUGGCCACUGGCGUCGCUUAUGCCUCCAGCAAGAACGACAGCGAACUUGCGUUCCGUCUGCCCCUUGGUCUUCAACUCAUUCCACCUGCGUUCAUCUUCGCUGGCGCUUGCUUCGUCCCCGAAUCUCCUCGAUGGCUCACCAUGAAGGGCAAGAAGGAGAAAGCCGCUGCCAUCUUGGCUAAAUACCACGGUGGUGGUGACAUGGAACACCCCAUGGUCAAGCUCGAGAUUCGCGAAUUUGAGCAAAAUAUUGAGCUGCAGAAGGCCUCCAGCGUCUGGAACUACUGGGCUCUGGUCAACACACACAACGCUCGUUGGCGAUUUGCUAUGAUGGCUUUCAUGUCCAUCUUCGCUCAGCUGUCGGGCAACUCAGUGUUGACAUACUACCUUCCAUCAAUGUACAAGUUGGUUGGCAUUAAGACGACCGAGAAGAGACUUUUGCUUACGUUCAUGAACUCGAUUGUCUCUUGCGCCGGUGCCGUUGCCGGUUCAGCAACAAACGAUCGCAUUGGUCGACGAACCAAGCUGUGGGUUGGCAGUAUCGUCCUCGCUGGUCUCUUUGGCGGCGUGACUGGCUUUUCUAGCCACUUUGAGGACAAGACCAAGGUGGUCGGCUCUGCCCUUUCUAACGGCGGUGUUGCCUUCAUCUUCCUUUUCGGAUGCGCCUACUCCUUUGUUUACACUCCGCUUACAGCCACGUACUGUGCUGAGGUGCUUGCCACGCCCACACGUGCCAAGGGUAUGGGUAUUCACGUCAUUCUAUCCAACUGCGCCAACUUGUACAACACUUAUGUUACUGCUAUUGCGCUUGACGCUAUUGACUGGAGAUACUACCUCAUCUUUGUCGGCCUCAACAUCAUCUACAGCGCGGUGUGGUUUGUUUUUGGUGUUGAGACUCGUGGCCGAACUCUGGAGGAGAUGGACGAUGUGUUCAAUGCCAAGUUCCCGCCUCGUGCUGCCCUCAAGAAGGCCGUCAUGGUGCGACAAGGAGACGGACACUUGCAGGGACUGGAGGGGGAUGAUAUGGAGGGACAGACUACCACCAAGUAA